AUACUAUUGAGCCAUAUUAUUUCUUGACCCAAUUUACGCCGCCUCCUCGCAUCCCCUCCGCCAUUCCUCGCAUCUCCACUCUCCAGCCCUCGCUCACUCCGCCUCCGAGCUGCACUGCCUGGGGUCAUGGCUAGGGGCAAGAGAGCGACGCGCGCGCGCCGCCAGCUGCGCGAUGCUGCCGGCAAGUUUGCCGUCGGGAGGCGGCGGCCAAGGGUCCUCUGUGCAUGGAGACGGGAUGCAGCCAGGAGGCGGCGGCCAGGGGUCCUCCGCGCAUGGAGAUGGAAGCAAGCGGUCCUCCUCGCCGUCGGGAGGCUACCACUCCGGCCAGGGUCCGUCGGCGCCGCGGUGCCCGAAGUGUUUGAAGAUGGAGAAGAGGCUUCUCAAAUUGGAGAGGCCGAUUAAGAAGUUGAAGCUGAGACAGUUUUGUUUGGGCAAGAAAGUGUGGGUGCAUGGCAGCAAGCUCUAUGACUUAAAGAUGGAGCCUGUCGACAAGCCAGAGGCCAAAAAGGUGUUGGUGGUGAUCGAUGAUUAAGAUGCUUGAUGCUGCCUAAUGAAGAUGGAACUGCAGUAUGCAUGCUGGGAUUUGUCUUUUGGAAAGUCUUAGAUGGAACUGCAGUGGAUGCUAGGAUGUGUCUUUUGGUCUGUCUUUUGGAAUUUCUUAGAUGGAACUGCAGUGCAUGCUUAGAUGAUUAGCUAUGUAAAUAUAUAGUAUUUGGACCUGUUGCCUGAAUGGCUAGGACAUGUUGCCUGAAUGGUUAUGUAUGUAAUAUAUGGUUGCCUUGAAUAAUGGCCAAGUUGUUUUAGUGAAUUUUUGUCUCCCUGUUUUCA